UAACCUCAAAAUCCGUUAUCGAUUUUCAAAAAAAAAACUAUUUUUGUUUGUUUAUUAAAUAAAGGGAAGCCUUAAAAUUCUCUAUACUUGAAAAAUAUUCCAGUGCUCGUCACCCAUUCAUUUAUUCCCUGAUUACUUAUGUAUGCAUGUCCCUAAAAUAAUCACCAUAAUGUAUUUUCUAUGGUAAAAUUAAAUAAUUUAUGUGAAGAUGGGAGCCCUAUCGAAAUCGUCUAGAGUAUGUUUCGAAAUUUUAAACGAGCUUUACACGGCGGUAGGUGCCGGAGUACUAGGGAUGCUCGUACUUAUCCAGCAUGGCUUCCGCUCCCAUCAAACCCUUAAAUGUUUAUCAGUGGUUGGGCUCACCUCUGCAAGUCUUGUCUAUGUGUUUAGUAGGGAGAAGCAGAAAAUUGUUGCUAACAAGAAGAAAGUAGUUGUUAUUACUGGGUGUGACUCUGGUCUUGGCUUUUCCUUGGCCCAACAUGCUGCUGACAGUGGAUUCACUGUAAUAGCAACAUUUCUGAAUCUCGAUUCUAAAGGCUCCUUAGAAAUUAAAAGGUUGUAUGGAGGUUAUAUUAUUCAGAUUCAGCUGGAUAUUACUGAUAGUAUUAGUAUCCAGAAUUGUGUGCAGACAUUGGAGCAUUAUUUUAGUAAGAACCCUGGAUACAGUCUUCAUGCUUUGGUAAAUAAUGCUGGAGUAAUGGUAUUUGGUGAAUUCGAAUGGCAAACAGAAAAACUAAUGAGGCAACAAAUUGAAGUGAACCUUUUGGGCACCCUAAAAAUUACAAAUGCUUUUUGUCACUUGCUGAGACAUCACAAAGGUAGGGUUGUUACAGUAUCUAGUCAUUGUGCCCUAGCAAACCUGCCAGGCUUGUCAGUCUAUGGUGCGACAAAAGCUGCUUUAAAUUCCUGGAAUGAUGGUUUAAGGGUUGAAAUGGCCAAGUAUGGGGUACAAGUAGUCACUUUUAUACCUGGUUCCUUUGUGGCAGAGAGCAGCAUAAUGAGCAAACAACUACAAUACGUUCAAGAGAUGCAUGAUAACUUCACUGAGGAGCAACAUCACUUCUACAGCGACUAUUUUAAGCGUUACAACAUUUAUUUGUCUUUCAUCUCCGGCUCGCCGGAGCCCCAGAAGAUCCAAGACGAUCAUUUGUAUACGGUGUUCGAGGACACUUUGCUGGACAAAGAGCCGAACGCCCUCUACAAACACGAACCGCUCCGGUAUAAAUUUUAUCAUUUUUUGUUUAAAAUAAGCCCAAUUUUUAUAAGGGACAUGCUGGUGACGAGGUUCAUGACGAUGCCUCAAUAUAAAGUAGAGACCCCUAGCGAUGACGAUUUCGAAGACCUCAGUGUGUCCUAAAUUAUUUAAGUCCUAUUGUUGUAUACUGACUAGUAUAGUGUGUUCCUUAAUAAAUAAUUUACGAAAUUCUA